CUUCGUCUUCUUCUUCUUCUUCUUCUUUUUCUUGGUCUUCUUUUUAAAUUUUUGAAAUAUUGUUUAGUAAAAAAAAUUGCUUCAUCUUCGUUCUGUUCUGUUUUCCUGUUGGUUUCUUCAAAACGGAAAGCAACAUAUUUGGAAAUUGUGGAUUUCAUUUAGUAAGAAGCAUGCAAAUGAAAUUGGACAACACUAACCAUCCACAGUUAGAUUCUAAUAGUUUAAAGCGUUCAUCUAAAGCUUGGUGGCAUGCUACGGGGAAUAAUGUUGUCUUCUCAAAUAUGUUAGAGGAAAGAACGGAGAAUGUGUCUCCAUCAAAAUACAUGGAUGGUGGCUUUGGGGGUGAAGCUACAAAAUCACAAGCGAAGCAUCAGGUUGAUGAGGGGAUUGAUGCUAAUAAAGAAAUGCAAUUCACUGUAUUGUCCCAAUCAGAUGGAAAACAUGGUGAAGAACAUCAACAUCCACAACAUUUUGUGAACAUUACGUCUCCAACAAUGGUUGAAUACUUUGUAUCACCUACCCAACCAAACCUUGUUGGCCACUCAUUUGUCCAUUCUCAUUAUCCUGGAGCCCACCCCUCUAGAAUGGUGUUGCCUCUUGAAAUGAAAGAAGAACCUGUUUAUGUAAAUGCAAAGCAGUAUCAUGGCAUUCUAAGGAGAAGACAAUCACGUGCUAAGGCUGAGCUGGAAAAGAAACUUAUAAAAGUUAGAAAGCCUUAUCUUCAUGAAUCUCGUCAUUUACAUGCUAUGAGAAGGGCAAGAGGUUGUGGAGGCCGCUUUGUGAACACUAAGAAGCUUGAUAAUAGUGCUGCUAACACCACACCUGAUAUCGUCAGCAACUUUAGUGAAACUGUUCCAAAACCUCCCACCUGCUCAUCACUGGCUCACUCUUCUAAGGAUUCUCAUCCAUCAUCAGCAGGUAAUGAUGCGGUAAUAGAACCCCAUUUACAUAAAAAGGAACAGACCUAUACUAGUGAUAAUGGUAAUGACAAUGGAUGCUACCAAUACUUUCUUGGAUUUCAAUUGUCUUCAUAUCACUCUCAAUCAGAUAGGAUGGUGGAAAAAAGGGACUGUAACAUGAAAGAAAUAUGGUGAUUCUGGUGUCACGCAUAGGCAUCACCAGCACUAAACCUUCCUUGGAAUCCAAAGGUUUUCGAUGAUUGCUUUAUGUGCUAAAUCUCCGUUUUACCUUUCAGUUUGUUGGGCACAUACUACUGGUGCUACUUCAUGCUCGUUUGCUUCCUGUAGAAGAUGUUUUCUUUCUUACUGAUUGGGGAUUGUUUAUGGUUGGCAAAGGUGGAAGUAUCAACCUUGGUCAUAUGUAGAGGAUCCAGGGUAUAUGUAUUUGGAUUUAUAUAUUUGUGCUUGCAGGCAACUCAUCCUUGGCUUAUAGAAAGGUAUAUUUCUAGUUUUGCUUGUGUUUUCUUUUACCUGUAUAUAUGGUGGAGGCUGUAGAAGAAGGUGAGGACAUGUAGUUAUAUAUUGAAACUUUUUGGUACAGAUGUAAUCAAAGUAAGUGAACCGAGUAUGGCUUGAACUUAA